AUGGCAAAUAUCGACGAGCGUAAACUCCUCCCGGCGCAUGUCAAGCCAAGCAGCUAUGAGAUUUGUUUAGAGCCCAACUUUGAUGCACGGACGUUCUCUGGCCGCGUCAAGAUUCUGUGCCAUGUACUCUCACCGACGAGGCAGGUUCAGUUGAAUGGCAAGAAUAUUGUUAUAGAAAAAGCCGUCAUUGAACAGGAAGGCACUGAAUUGGGUCUGCAAGAACCUGUGAGCUACAAUGACCUCGAAGAAACGAUUGAGAUCACUACAACUGAAGAGCUUUGUUCUGGAAGCGAAGUCCAUUUGACUUUGGAGUACUCGGGGCAGUUUAACGAAAAAUGCGUUGGCUUUUAUCAGUCUAGCUAUACGGACAAUGAUGGUUUGAAGCAUCCAAUUGCUGCGACAGCUAUGGAACCGACCUAUGCGAGACAGGCCUUUCCUUGUUUCGAUGAGCCUGCACUGAAAGCCAAAUUCACGAUUUCCGCCCUCGUCGACGAUUCAUUUGAGUGCUUCUCAAACAUGCCCGUGAAGCAAGCUGAAAGCGUUUCAGGUUCACUCAAGCGGGUAGUUUUUCAUGAAACACCGCUCAUGUCAACCUAUCUGGUAGCCCUUCUUGCGGGACAUUUGGCGAAGACCCAGUCAAACGAUGCUCGGAUACCCAUCACAUUGAUCUCUCCCAUUGGUCGUGAAGAUGAGACGAAAUUUUCAUUGGAUCUUGCUUGCAAAGGGCUGCACUUCUUUGAACAAUUAUUCGGAUUAUACCCACUCCCAAAACUAGACUUAGCCGCUGUGCCCGACUUCGCAAGCGGUGCACAAGAGAAUUGGGGGCUUAUCCUUUUCCGCGCUCAGAACCUGCUGGUUGAUCCGGAAGACAGCGCAUUGGACAGCAGAAAGAAUACCGCUAGGACUAUUUUGCAUGAGAUUUCUCACAUGUGGUUUGGCAAUCUGGUCACUAUGAAAUACUGGGAUGGACUCUGGCUCAAAGAAGGAUUUGCUAAUCUGAUGGCAUGGAUUGCCACAGACAAAUUCUUUCCCUCUUGGACUAUUUGGGAUCACUACGUCGCCAACGACCUUCAGGCCGCCUUGGAGCUCGACGGACUUCGAAGCACACAUGCCGUGGAACAGGUUGUGAAGAAUCCAACAGAGGCCAAACAGAUUUACGAUGAGAUCUCGUACAAUAAAGGCUGCUGCGUUCUGAAGAUGAUUAGCCAUGAAAUGGGCGAAGAGAGCUUUACGCAAGGCGUCAAAAACUAUAUCGAUGCAUUCCAAUAUGGCAGCACAGAGUCAGAUGAUCUCUGGUCCUCGUUAGAAGAGGUUACUGAUCUUCCGAUCAAGGACAAUAUGCAUGUCUGGACCAAAAAAUCUGGGUUUCCGGUCGUUAAAGUCAACAAGCGGGUUGAUGAAGCCUCCAAAAAGACAUUCCUGUGGCUGACUCAACAUCGAUUUGUUGCGAGCGAGAUGACUGCAGGAACGGAUUCUGUAGGAAGCAGUCACACAAACUACCCCCUUCGCAUUACUAUCAAGUCUGAGUCUGGCCUCGACACAUACGACAUGUCGGAACAAGAACUCGAAGUACCGAUAUCAGAGGAGACGUGGUUUAAACUCAACGCGAACCAUGACGGUUUCUACGUUACGUCAUACUCUUCAGAGCUUCUGGUGAGCCUUAUAGACGCCGCUGCAAAGAAUAAACUGAGUCUACGUGACAAUGUAGGCAUGUCAUGCGAUCUGCAGCGAUUGGUUGCUUCCGGGGUCAACCGGACCAGUGAUCUUCUGAACCUAAUCAUCGGUUUUCGACAUUCCAGCGACUAUCUCGUCUGGGAAACACUGGACAGAAAUCUGCGCGCUGUUCAAUCCGCAUUCAAGUUUCGAGGGCCAAAAAUUACGGACGGCCUCCAGAGACUGUCAUUAGAAGUCUUCGGAACCAAAGCCCAUGAACUCGGCUGGGAUGUGGAGGGAGACGACGACACUACAACUGCUUUCAAAGCGUCCAUGUUCAGUUCUGCAGGCCUUGCUGGCAACGAGAAGGUUGUAUCUGCGGCCCGUGAGUUACUCGAUGCUCGAGUAAAUGGCAAUGAUCGAAGUAUACCCGCUUCGUUGAAAUGGGAGGUAUUCGGCAUUGUAGCGGCGCACGGUGGGAGGGAGGAGCUACAGCAAUUGUUCAAUAUCUGGAAAACGUCUCAAAGCGAGGAUGAGAGAUUCUACGCCCUUGAAUGCAUGGGACGGACUUCGACACCGGAAUUGGUUCAGUGGGUUUUGGGGUUUUCGUUCACCGACGAUGUCAAAGGACAAGAUCUAUUCGUUAUGUUGUGGCUAAUCAACUCAUCGCCCACAGGCGCUAUUGAGUUCUGGCAGUGGGCAAAGCAGAACUGGGAUAAGCUUGUGGAAAGGGUGACUGAGCAGCACCUUGGAUACAUCCUAGAACUGUUGAUCGAUGGCCUCGGUACCAGGGAACAAAUAGCAGAUGUGGAGAAUUUCUUCGAUGGACGCGACACUGCUGCUUAUAGCAUGACUCUUGCAGGAAGAUUGGAACACAUGAAGACUCGAUGUAGCUGGUCCGAGCGUGACGAAGAGGAUAUAACAAAUUGGCUGGUCAACCAUGGAUUUACAGAUAGAUCGCACCAGAGCAGCACAUUGCAAGGAUAG